CACAGUUUUGAACUCGUAUAUUAGCGCCAUUUAUAGCUGCUUGGACCACAGCAUCUUCGGAAUUUGUAGACAUCCUGGCAGUUUACAAUUAGUUCAAGGGUGCUGACCCAAACCUGUGUGGACCAGAACGUACCAAAGAGAACUACAACUCUGCUGUUGAUCGCCUCCAGAUUGACAAUACACCAGACGUCGAAGGAGUGAAGUUCAGACAUCUCGGAAAUGGGGGACAGCAUAAGGAGUUCCAUUACUAAGGUGCUGCCGGACCUGUCUGCCUUAAUCCUUGAAAUUGUACUAGAGACACUACAAUCAUUAGGAGUGGAGACAUCUGAGGACUUGCAGUUCAUCAGUGAGACUGAUCUGAACUCUGUCCUGAGACCAGUUCAGGCAAGAAAACUGCUGGCUGCUUGGAAACAAACCACACCAAAUAUGGAAAUUUCAAGCCAGGCCAGCAUAUCGUCUCCAUCUUCUUGCUCCUCAUUUUCUGCCUCACCCAGUCCAAUAUAUUCUCUAGACUGGGUAGAUAACUUUAGAAUUCCAAGUGAAGAUUUUCCAGAAGACUUGAUCCAGUGUCUUCAGAGAGAGAAAAGACCAAAGCCUCGAUUGCGGAGGGAGAUGAUCCGCAUUAUUGUGAAGGAGAUGAUGAAAGCCUGUGCCUCUCCAAGUAGAAGAGCCUCGACUGAAAUUGCAAAAAAAACUGGUUGCGAUGUAUCCCAAGUCACUGCAGGAUGUCAUAGAGGGGGAAGUGGUAGGACAGGGGUACCACUCUUUGGUAAAACAGAUUCAGGCACGAAUUGAAAAUGUGAAGAGGUCUACUUCACCAGUGUUACAGAAGCGCAAACAGGGAGGAUCAGAUGACACCGAUGAAGUCACACCUGAAAAGCGAGCAUCUGUUCAAGACACAUAUGGCUGCAUAAAGUGGGACAUGAAGUUUUUGCCAGUCAGUGAGACACUGGAAACCCAGCAGGAGAAGAAGGAACGUAUGAAGAUUCUCAGUGAACAGAUAAGCUUCAGUCAUGAAGAAGUAAAAACUCUAAUGAAAUGCACCUACUACUCUCAGCGCAAAGCAAUAAACAGCGGAGCAGACAUGCAAACCCUCAAAGAAGAGUGGCCUUAUUUGUUUCAGGCGAUUGGAAUGACAGUCCAUUUUAAAGAACUUACUGGGGUACCGCUGAAAGAGACUUUCCUCACCAGUCUAGAAAAGAAGGGAAAACGGCUUCUGGACUUUCUGAAAACCACUUGUGCAGACAAGAGCAAGCGUGUCUUGGAGGCUGUCAUAGAACUGCAGAGGGGACAGCUGAAGGGCUGCUCAGAAGACCUGAAAGAUAUGAUGCUCCUCCUCCUCUCCUAUUUCGAUGAAAAAGAGGAGACCCUCUUCCACUAUGCUGAUGAAACAUGUCUGGCAAAAGAAGUCCAAGUGGAAAGCCUGCCUGUGACACCAUGUAUCAUUGGUUGUGGAUCCUCCUGCUUUGCAUCAAGACUGUUCAUGCUCAGCAUUGACCACAAAGUUGUAAAUGACCAAAUGACUGACUUCAUCUCUGCAAUCUGUCUGAUGCUUGGUAGCUACUACUGCCUGAACAUCCACUAUCCCCUGGAACUUGGCUCCACACUUGAAUUCCUUCAGAGGGUUAAGGGUGGUGGCACAGCUAAGACCCAAGAGUCUCUUUCAAGACACUGAAUUUGAGCAGAAACCAUAAGGAUACUCAAAGGACCUGUGACUCUCAGGAAAUGCAUCAAAUGAGAGUGACAGAUGAAACAGUUUCAAGACAAUGGCAGGUAAAGCAUGCUGAAGAUUGAAACAAACCUUGGCUGGAAAUAUUUGAAGGUAUCUAGCCGGUCCACAAUGAAAGUUUCGUUGCCCCCCAUGAGUCUUCUGGCAGAAAUGAUGGUGCCUGUAUUCUUUGGUUUCCCUAAACAUCACACCCUGCCUGUUUAUACGAGGCUCUUCAAUUAAGUCUGCACCCAAAGAUUCAAUAAGAGAGGGGAUCCUGUCAGUCCAAAGUGAACUCCUGAUGGACAUUGAAGUACUCCUGCAGAGCUUGUAUCUUCGACACCAUGCGCAUUAGAAACUCCACUGAGUCCUUUCCUUCACUAAGGCAGGACCCAGUGACUCAUUACUGUUUAUAGGGGCAGGUAAUUUUUUGUUUCAUGUUUAUUCAUUCCUCCAUGGAUUACCAGCCAUAUAUAUGGACACAUGCUGUAUUCUCAAGAUCUAUGCUGUUUGGUAGGAAUAGAGAAAAUGAUAUGUUUAGUCUGUUUUCAAAUGGUAUGUCAAAUUUUCUCAUUGUUUAUCAGUAAUAUUCACUACCUUGGUUAUAUAUGAGCAUCUUUAGAUUUUUCUAUAUUUAGCAGUUGCAAAUGUAAAAUGUACAGUAAACUAUUUAUGUUCCUCAUAUUGUACUGUAUUUUUAGCGGUAAAAUACCGGCAGCUGUGGUUGCCAGGAAUUUACCGUAAAAUGUAUCUGGUCAAAAUAAAAUGCUGUAAUUUGUUAUACAA